GACCUUUCCAACCAACAAACCCUGAGCAUACGAAAGUUCUGCGCAGCGAAUGUCUUUGUCGUUCACAGUCAGCGAGCGCAUCUUAUGCUAUCAUGGGCCCCUCGUCUACGAGGCUAAGAUACUAAAAGCGGAGACGUGGGACGAAACCAACACUAAGCUCUCCACAGUUGGUCCCCAUUUCUUCGUGCACUAUAAGGGGUGGAAGCAGACGUGGGAUGAAUGGGUGCCUAUCACACGGCUCCUCAAGUUCAAUGACACGAAUGUGCAACUGCAGAAAGCACUGAUGGCACAGGCCAGCGCAGCUGCAUCUACCUCGGGGUCAUCCUCGAAAGGGAAGGCCCAUGGUGGGGGUAUGAUGAAGGACAGUAGCUCCUCGCGCGGUGGCGGGCUUGGGCGUAAGGAUGGUAGAGGAACGAAGAGAGGGAGAGAGGAGGACGAUAGCAGCAAGAAGCCGGAAAUGAAACUCAAUGUCCCAGAGGUGCUGAAAGUACUACUUGUGGAUGAUUGGGAGGCGAUUACAAAGAACAGUCAGCUGGUAUCUGUACCACGACGUCCAACAGUUGUUGAGAUCCUCCAGCAGUUCAAAGAUUAUGUGAUAGGGCUCGGGAAAAACACAACCCUUCGCGAGCCUGAACUCGUCCUCCCAACAAUAAUUUCAGGACUGCAAGUCUACUUUGAUCGCUCGCUCGGCGCAAACCUUCUCUACCGCUUUGAACGUCCACAAUACGCUGAGAUUCGCAAGCAGUAUGUCACGGGUCCCAAGGUGCAGGUUGGCCAGGAGAAAGAUAUGAGCGCCAUAUAUGGAGCAGAACACUUGCUUAGGAUGCUUGUGAGUCUACCACAGAUGGUCUCCAGUUCUACGAUGGACGCGGAGAGCGUCGGGCUAGUGAGGGAUUAUGUCAAUGAGCUUCUAAUGUUUAUGAUGAACGACCGCAGUCGGCUAUUUUUGAUAGAGUACGAAAGCUCAAGUCUGCAAUAUCAAAACAUCUCUCGAUCAUAAUUCAUUAACGCUGUUCUUGUGUACAUACCAUUAUUCGCGAUCUUAAUCGUCUACGUCCGCCUUCGUUCAAAAUUUAUGCCAACUGUGAGGUCUGCUGGUCCAACUAUAUCAGUUCGAUAAGCAGAAUACGAGGACUCAACGACAUUGGCUAGCUAACCGUCUUUGGGAAAGAGCAUUGGUUCACCGCCUUUUCCUCUUGAUUACACUGCAUCUCCGAGACCGGUUGACCAUGUACGCAACCUUCUUAUCUACUUCGUUCAGACACCAACCAACUCGUGCCAUCUUUACCAUGUUUGUUGUUUCGUCGCUUGCUCCCCAGCCGAUCGCUCGCAUCAUUGUCAUGCUUGGCGGGCUGCUAUAUCCUGUUAGCAGUUUGGCGGUG